AUGCUGCCAGCAUCUAAUCCAGGUAACUCUCCUUACCCUCUUUCUUCUGUCCUAUCCUAUGACAAAUGUAGUCCAUGUCACAAACAGUUUUGCCUAUCCAUUAGUUCCCUUACAGAACCCAAAACCUAUAAACAAGCCUGUAAGUUUGACUGUUGGAAUCUUGCUAUGAAAUCUGAGUUAGAUGCUCUUGUAUCCACAAACACUUGGUCUGUUGUUGAUUUACCUGCAGGUAAGCAACCAAUUGGUUGCAAAUGGGUUUACAAGAUCAAGCAUCAUGCUGAUGGAUCCAUUGAACGAUACAAGGCCCGUCUGGUGGCAAAGGGAUACACUCAACUAGAAGAACAACUUGAUGUUAACAACGCAUUCCUUCAUGGUGAUCUGCAUGAGGAAGUGUAUAUGGAUCUGCCUCCUGGGUUCUUGCCCCCUAAUUCUUCUUCUAAUACAGUCUGCAAAUUACAUAAAUCCUUAUAUGGACUGAAACAGGCUAGCCGACAGUGGUUUUCAAAAUUAUCCACUGCUCUUAUCUCCCUUGGAUAUUCACAUUCAUAUGCUGACCAUUCUUUAUUCACAAAACUACAUAAUUCUCAUUUCACUGCUCUUCUAGUCUAUGUUGACGAUAUUGUCUUGACAGGUGAUGAUCUACAGGAAAUACAUUCUGUCAAACGAUUUCUUGAUUCCACAUUCAAAAUCAAGGAUCUUGGCAAGCUUAAAUACUUCCUUGGAUUGGAAGUUGCACGAUCCACUCAAGGUAUCUUUCUCAAUCAAAGGAAGUAUGCAUUGGAAUUGCUUGAGGACAGUGGUUUAUUGGCUACAAAGCCUAGUCCAACUCCCUUUGAUUACUCCUUGAAACUACAUGACAGUGACUCACCCCCAUAUGAAGAUGAAACAACCUAUAUAAGACUUGUUGGCCAACUGUUAUAUUUGACUACAACCAGGCCUGAUAUUGCUUUCAUUGUUCAGCAACUUAGUCAAUUUAUAUCUAAGCCAUUACAAGUUCAUCACUCUGCAGCAAUUAGAGUGCUCAAAUACCUCAAAAGUGCUCCUGCUAAGGGAUUGUUUUAUUCUUCCUCCUCCAUACUCAAACUUUCUGGUUUUGCAGACUCAGAUUGGGCAAGUUGCCCUGCUACUCGCAGAUCAGUGACUGGUUACUGUGUCUUCCUUGGCACAUCUCUGUUGUCCUGGAAAUCCAAAAAGCAGUCCACAGUAUCCAGGUCUAGUUCAGAAGCGGAAUAUAGAGCUUUGGCUAGCUUAACUUGUGAACUACAAUGGUUAUAG